AUGGAUUUAGCAAGUUUACCACCAGCAUUAAAACCAAUUAUACCAUACUUAAAACAAUCACAACAAUUAGAAAAACAUGAUUUACUUAUGGCAUAUUAUUGUAGAGUUCAUGCAAUACAAAUGGCAAUGGAUAUAAAACAAAAAAUGGGUGCAUCAGGUUCAUUCCUUAGUAUACCAAUUGUUAAAAUUUUAGAUCAAGGUGAUGCUGAUAAAGCAAAAUUAGGAUCAAGAUUAGAUGAAGAAGAUGAAGCAAAAUAUGUAGAAGCAUUUGCUAUGAAAGCAUUUUCAUUUGCUGAUACUCAAGAUCGUGCCGGUAAAGCAAAUAAAGCAACAUCAACAACAUUUUAUUCAGCAUUUUUAUUUUUUAAUGUUUUAGAACAUAUGGGUGAAGUUAGUGAAGAAGUUAAAUUAAAGAAAAAGUAUGCAAGUUGGAGAUCUGUUGAUAUCAAUACAGCAAUUAAAAACGGUGUUGCACCAUCACCACCACCAUCAAUUGACCAAAAUGAAGAAGGUGGAGCAAGUGGAGAAACUGAAGAGGAUGCACAAUUGAAACAAUUAGAAAUGGAAUUAAAUUUAGCAAAAGCAACUUUACAACAAGAUAAUAAUAAUAAUAAUAAUAUGUCAUCAUCAACCAUAAUUACAACUAAUAGUGUUAGUGAAGGUAUGUCAUCAUCACUUUCUUUCCCAUCUUUCCCUUCAAUUCCAAAUAAUAAUAAUAAUAAUAAUAAUACUACACCAUCAUUCCCUUCAUUCCCAUCAUUCCCAUCACCAACUAAUUCAGAUAAUAAUAGUAAUAAUAAUAAACCAGCAUUUCCAUCAUUUCCAUCAUUCCCAUCACCACCAACAACAACCAAUUCUGAUAGCGCACCUUCUUUCCCUAAAUUUCCAUCAACACCUUCACCAACCAAUAGUAGUAGUAAUAAUAGUCAACAACCAUCAUUCCCUUCUUUCCCAUCUUUCACAUCACCAACCAAUAGUAAUAAUAAUAAUAAUAAUAGUCAACAACCAUCAUUCCCAACAUUUCCAAAUUCUACAAAUCAAAAGAGACAAGUAUUUGAAAGUGAUGAAGAAGAAGAGCAAGAAGAAGUGGAAGAUUAUAGUGAAAAACAACAACAAAAAUCAACUUCAUCUUCAUUCCCAAAAUUCCCUUCAAAUAGUCACAAUAAUGAAUAUAAUCAACCACCACCACCAGCAUACGAAUUUAAACAAUCACCACCACAACAACAUAAACAGUCACCACCACAACAACAUCACAAUAGUCAUGAUAAUGAAGCUUUAAUUAAAUAUCAACAACAAGUUGCUCAACAAAAUUUAACUAUUCAAAAACAAAAACAUCAAAAUCAAAUGUUACAAGAUGAGGUGGAACAAAAACAACAACAAAUUCAACUUCAACAACAACAACUUCAACAACAACAACAACAAAUCCAACUACUUCAAAAACAAAUUCAACAACAACAAAAACAAUUAAUGAGCGGUGGCGGUGGAGGUGGCAAUAUGUCAAUGAACUUAAAUCAUACACCAUCUGAUACCGAUAAAGCAAGUGCUGAGAAAUAUUCUAAAUGGGUAAUCAGUUCACUUCAAUUCGAUGAUGUUCCUUCUGCUGUUAAAAAUGCAAAACUUUCUCUCAAAUAUUUAACUGGCGAAGAUUCAUAA